AUGUCCGCUUGCUUUGCCCAAUUCGGCUUGGCGCAAAAUACAUCUACGGCGGUCAAUAGAAGUCAAGAUCCGCAAAUGGAACAGCAAAUCGAUAAGCUGCUUCAGCGUAUGACUUUGCAGGAAAAAAUAGGCCAGAUGACCGAAAUGGUACUCGAUCUUGUAGUGCAAGAUGUCCCCAAUCAGGCUCCUGUGAUUAACGAAGGCAAACUCGAUACCCUUAUACGAAUUUAUAAGGUGGGUUCUUUGCUGAACGUUCCUCGUCGUCAGCCGCAAACACCUGCUAGUUGGCAACGUUAUAUGGAGGUGGUGCAGAAGAAGUCGAUGAAGGAACUGGGUAUUCCUUGUAUAUUUGGUCUGGAUCAGAACCACGGCACUACCUAUACUACUGGAGGUACGUUAUUCCCUCAAAAUAUCAAUAUAGGAGCUUCGUUCAAUCGCGAAUUGGCUUACAGGGCUGCCGAAAUAUGUGCAUACGAAACUCGUGCGGGUAGUGUGCCUUGGACUUUCAGCCCAGUGCUCGAUUUGGCUCGAAACCAGUUAUGGCCUCGUGUAUGGGAAGGCUAUGGCGAGGACUGCUACCUGUCUGCCGAAAUGGGUAAGAAUGCCGUUGUUGGUUUCCAGGGUACCAAUAUAAAUAAGGUGGACCAAAACCAUGUGGCUACCUGUUUGAAACAUUAUUUGGGAUAUGGUAAUCCGGUUAGUGGUAAGGACAGAACGCCUUCUGUUAUUGCUCCUCAAGAAUUAAUAGAAAAGCAUUUCGCACCUUUUAAAGCGGCCGUUGAGGCUGGCGCGCUUUCUGUUAUGGUCAAUUCGGGUUCUGUAAACUAUGUGCCGGUUCAUUCUAGCUAUGAGUGGCUGACCCAAUGGUUGAAAGAAGGAUUGAACUGGGACGGCGUUAUCAUUACCGACUGGGGCGACAUCAAUAACCUCUAUAAUCGCGAGAAAGUGGCUGAGAAUAAGAAGGAGGCCAUCUGCUUGGCCAUAAAUGCGGGUAUUGAUAUGACGAUGGAACCUUAUGAUUAUGGCUUCUGCACAUUGUUGGAAGAGUUGGUAAAGGAAGGUCGUGUGCCUAUGACUAGAAUUGACGAUGCUGCCCGUCGUGUCCUUCGUAUGAAGUACCGACUCGGAUUGUUCGAGCACCCUACACAGAACUAUAAGAAGUAUCCCGAUUUCGGAUGUAAGAAAUAUGCCGAUGUGGCACUCCGUGCUGCCGAAGAGAGUAUGGUGCUCUUGAAGAACGAAGGAGGCCUGUUGCCUUUGGCUAAAGGUAAGCGAUAUCUGGUAACUGGCCCUAACGCCAACGCUAUGCGUUGCCUGAAUGGAGGAUGGAGCUACACUUGGCAGGGUGAGGAUGCAGACGACUAUGCACAGAACUACAAUACUGUGGUCGAGGCUUUACAACUGAAGUUUGGUAAGGAUAAGGUGGACUAUGUUCCUUCUGUUGAGUACAAACACAAGGGUAAGUAUUACGAAACGACGUUGUUUGGUUUCGACAAUGCGGUGAAUGCCGCUAAGAAUGCCGACGUUAUUAUUUGCUGUAUUGGCGAGAACAGUUAUUGCGAAACUCCGGGUAAUUUGAGCGACCUGACGCUGAUGCGUGAACAACUGGACUUGGUAAAGGCUAUGAAGGCAACCGGCAAACCUGUUGUACUAUUGCUGAAUGAAGGACGACCUCGACUAAUUAACAGCAUUAAAGACGAUGCUGCUGCCAUCGUCCAUAUGUUUAUUCCUGGUAAUAUGGGUGGCGAUGCUGUUGCAAACCUUUUAAGUGGUGAGGCUAAUUUCAGUGGCAAGUUGCCAUAUACCUAUCCUUCUUAUGUGAAUGCGCUGACUACAUACGACUACCGCCAGAGCGAGGAAGUGGGUACCAUGUCGGGGGCUUACAACUACAAUGCGAAAAUCAGUCAGGAUUGGCCUUUUGGUUUCGGCUUAAGCUACACUCAGUUUGAAUACUCGAACUUGAAGGUCGACAAAAACAAUUUCACUGCCGACGAUGUGCUUACUUUCAGUGUGGAUGUGAAAAACACGGGUAAAGUGGCUGGUAAAGAGGCGGUACUUCUUUUCAGUACCGAUUUGGUGGCUUCGUUAGUUCCUGAGUCUAAACGUUUGCGCAACUUUACCAAGGUUGAACUGAAACCGGGGGAAACAAAGACGGUUAAGCUGACCAUUAAAGGUGACGAUUUGGCUUUUGUUGGUAUUGACAACAACUGGAUAUUAGAGGAAGGGGCUUUCGAUAUUACGGUGGCAAACCAAAAGCCCAUGAUAAAGAAACUCGUUGUUCUUACGCUCUCACUCCUCAGCCUUAACGCUUUGGCCUAUACGCACGACCAACUUUUGGACCUCCGAAUGAAUGGAACAAGUUGGGAGGGACUUGAAUAUGGACUUUUCUAUACUGCUGAUGGUAAGCAAACUGCUGAUUACAACAAACAACUCUUACUUUUCGACGUUGGAAUCAACUUUGUGGAGGAUGAACUAACUUGGCAUGAUGAAGAAUCGGGAGAGUGGGAUAUUUCACCGAUUACCAUCUGCCAAACAAAACUGAGCAGAACUACCGAGAGAAAUGCGUUAAAAGUUUGGGAGGAGGCGAGCAAAAAGCACCAAGACGAACUGAAUGAAUUGGAACGCGUUUUCUCUAGCCACGAACUACAUAUAGACGUGAUGAGCGACACAACGCUUCGUUUGUUUGAUGCUCAUGUGAAAAUACACAUGGUGGAUGACCAACUAAUUGUUGAUUUAAAGAAGGAAAACGAUACCACUAUUGUGCUCAAUACAAGCGGCAGUAUUGCUAAAACCAUUAAUUUCUGUAAUGAUUUUCCAUCUAGAAUUACCGACUUAAAACCGGGAAUGCCAAUUAGCAAAGCAAGUUGGACCUAUUGGAUUGAAGGCAAGAUGUUCUACUUCUGCUUUGGACACGAAAACUAUAUUUUAAGAUGUCCCUUCAAGAUGUCGGCAGACGGAAAGACAUACAAUCUUGUGCUGAAAAGGAAGAAAGACUAG